AUAGGUAUUCUCUUAAAUGGCUGACUUAAAUUCUACUAUUCAAACCAAGAAACCAAAAAAACCUAAACGAAAAUGUAAAAAAAAUAGCAUAUUGUUGAUGAUCAUGAACCUACCACCCUCGAUGACCGAAAAAGAAUUUCUCGAACAGGCAGGUGAAGUCCCCGAAAACUAUGAUUUCCGUUUUUUUGAUGCAGACUUGUCUUUAGAAAAUGCAACAAGUAAUGUACAAAUUGAAAUUGAUGGAAAAUAUUUACAUAAAUUUCUUAAUAUAUAUGAUGGAUACAAUUUUGUCGAUCAAAAAGGUGUGACCUAUUUGUCAUAUGUUGCAUGUGAUCCACCGCUGGAGCAGACUAUUGAAAACUCCACCACACGCAAAAAUUUGACAAAUAAUUGCACUAAAAAAAAGUCUGCAGUCAUUAUUCCAACACAGCAAGCGAUGGAACACAAAAGUCAGAACAGCCUUAAGGAUCACGUUCUCAAGAUCGGUGAUGAGAACACUACGUGUGGAAAGACGGUUGGUUUUGUUAAAGAGGAUGCAAGUAAAUUUAAACCCAAAAGUCAUUACAAAUACAAUGCAAAGGGUUUGAAUACGAACACUACUCCACCUACAAACGUUAGUAAUCUUGGCCUGGGUGCAAAAGUACAACUAUCACAACGGAGUGCUACAGAAGCUCUCCGUGUACCAACGGUUAAGGAUGAAAUUCUCAAAAUUGGUGAUACAUCACCCACGGUGAAUGCUGGUCCCAAAUGUGGAAAGAUGGUUAAAUUGGUUAAUGACGAUGCAAAUAAAGUUAAAAUCAAAAGUCAUAAAAUAAAAAAUGCAAAGGGUUUGAAUAAGAAAACUUCUCCACCUACAAAUGUUAGUAAUCUUGGCCUGGGUGCAAAAGUACAACUAUCACAAAGGAAUGCUACACAAGCUCUCCGUGUACCAAUGGGAUAUAAAAAAGGUGCGGUAGAUCAGAAAGGUCAGUCUGACGUUAAGGAUCACGUUCUCAAAAUUGGUAAUACAUCAUCCAUUGAGAAUGCUGGUCCUAAAUGUGGAAAGAUGACUAGAUUUGUUAAAGAGGAUGCAAAUAAAGUUAAGCCAAAAUGUUAUAAAAACAAUUUCAAUGCAAAGGGUUUGAGUGAAAAUGUUUCGCCAUCUAUAACUGUUGGUAACAAAGGCCUGGGUGCAAAUCUACAACUAUCACAAAGGAAUGACAAAUUGCAAUAUGGGAAAGGCAAAAAGCUAUACAAUGAUCAGAAGUUUGUUAAGAAAUAUGGCAAGGUAAUGAAGUCUGCUGGUGAAACUUUGGAGCAAAGUGCAAAGCAAAAUGGAAAAUCCCCAAAUCAAGUAAAAGUUUUUAAUAAUGACGGCAAAAAUGAGAAGAAGACAUUUGUGGGUUAUGGUAAUGAUAGGAUUGAUAAUCCUAAUGUUGUAUUGUAUUCUAAUGGCGAACAUGGUUUUAGUGGUUUUAAUGGUGAUGACAAAAAAGAAAGGAAGCGCUCUAAUAUUUAUGAUGGAGCUAAAAAUCGUAAUGUCGUGUCAAAGUCCAAUCUACCUGCUGGCGGUAGUGUUGGAAAGAAUUUUAAAUUCUUGAAUGGAAAACAGUUGUAUAAUAAUAAAUCCAAAGUUUUUGAGAAUGGCAAGAAAGAUAAACAGAUGUUUGUGAAAAAUUAUGAAGUUGGCCAUAAAUAUGAAUCUCACGAGUCUGAUGGAACAAUGGAACUUCGCAGCGGUAAAAGGAAUGUAAAAAUUUCCAAAAAAAAUUAUGGAGAACAAAUUAUUGGAGAAGAAAAGUAAUUCAAAUUUGACGAAUUGAAGUUGUAUAAUAGGAAGCAAAAAAACUAAAUAAUAUAUCAAUAAUACAGCUUUUUCAACAUUUAACGGAACACAAUUUUUUUAAAAACUUAACAAAAUUUUUCAUACAAUAUCAAAUUUCCUGUUCAUUAUUUGAAGUUAACUACAGGAAAAUGUGCCGAGUCUAAGGACAACAAUGAACAACACUUCAGAAGAAAAUCAUAGUAACACUUUUUAAAACUUUUUAAAAACAACGAUACAAUUUUACAUUAAC